UCAUUACAUCUGCUUGCAGUUACUUUAGUACUGGAGUAAUAGCGACUCCUGUCAGUCUAAGGGUAAACUGCAGACGGAAUGAAGGCCACAACUUGAACGACCGGAAUGACAUGGAGCUGCUCUAAAUAUAGCGGGUUGGAUUGCGCAUCAUGGGCGAACAACGAGUGCCGCUGGUUAGCUUGUUGUUAGCCUAUGUUGUGCUAAACCAGGGGAGCUGCAGUGUUAGCGGGACGAAUGUGCCGGGAUACCAGACUCGAUAUGUUGAAGUACAGGUGGACCACUUUAGCUUCGCCAACUCAGACACAUUCCAGCUCCGUUACCUGGUGAACGACACCUACUUCAAACCUGGAGGCCCCGUCUUCCUGUACACUGGGAAUGAAGGGGAUAUCGAAGAUUUCGUCAAGAACACGGGGUUGUUGAUUGAGAUGGCCCCCAGGUUUGGUGCGAUGGUCAUCUUUGCAGAGCAUCGCUACUACGGCCAGUCUCUGCCGUAUGGCCAGGACUCUUUCAAGGACCCCGCCCACCUGGGUUACCUGACCUCGACCCAGGCGCUUGCAGACUUCGCCGAGCUGAUCGUACACCUGAAGGAAACGAUCUGCGGAACUGAGGACAGCCCCGUCUUCGCCUUUGGCGGGUCCUACGGAGGCAUGCUCGCCGCAUGGAUACGGAUGAAAUAUCCCCACCUUGUGGCAGGGUCCCUUGCCUCAGCUGCGUCUAUAUUCCAGUUCCCAGGAAUCACAGACUGCGAGGCGUACUCUCACGUGGCCACCAGGACCUUCCAGAAGUCAGGAGCAGGCUGUCCAGAAAUCAUCCGAUCUUCUUGGGACGUCAUCCAGGACUUAGGGAAGACAGACCCAGGCCUCCGUAAGCUGACAUCGAUGUUCAGUCUCUGUACGCCGCUGACGACAGACGACAUGCCGACCCUGGUAGACUGGCUAGUGAACCUGUGGAUGAUCUAUGCCCUGAUAGACUACCCUUACCCUGCCAACUUCCUCACACCGCUGCCUGCAUGGCCCGUCAAGGAAGCUUGUCAGCUGAUAACAAGCCAUGAGGAUGUGGUGUCUGGUGUUGCGGCGGCGGCAAAACUGUACUUCAACUUCACAGGACAAACAGCCUGUCUGGACAUCUCACAGCCGUACUAUGGGGGUCUGGCAUGGCAGUAUCAGGCCUGUACAGAGCAGAUUGAACCUAUAUGCUCUGACGGCGUGAACGACAUGUUCCCACCCAUCCCGUGGGACCUGGCCGCAUUCUCCCAGGCUUGCUACGAGAGGUGGAAGGUCAGGCCGCGACCGUACUGGGCCGUGACGGAGUACUGGGGUCGGAACAUCAGCGCAGCCAGCAAUAUCAUCUUCAGUAACGGUGACCUUGACCCCUGGUCAGUUGGGUGUGUUCUGAAGUCAUUGUCUGACUCCCUGGUUGCCAUAGUGAUGGAGGACGCUGCCCACCACCUUGACCUUCGACCCAGUGACCCAGCUGACCCACCCUCUGUGGUAAAGGCCCGGGCUCAGGAGGCAGCCAUCAUCAAAAAAUGGAUACAGGAAUAUCAUUCAGCAACAACACGCUAGAAAGGAUAGUGUGAUCCAAACUUAACAGCUAUGCAAAUUACCCAUUUGUGUAUAUAUAUUAUGUAACUCAUUUUUACCUUCACUCUGACGGUUUAUGUAUUUGUUUGUUGUUUAGGGGGAAUUCAGAGUGAAUUCAAGUAAUAACAUUUGCAAAGCAAAUACAUUGUUUUUAAACAUUUAUCCUCACAUGGUCAAACCUAACAAACUACUGCUCUGUUUAUUCUUACUCAAACACUGAAAUAUAUCUUCCAUCUGUGAUGGUAAACAUAAGAAAAGUCCUGGAUACUAGUACAUUGUCAUCUCAACACAGCAACUUGUACUGAUACUGCUGGGUGCGAGGUCAUGAGAUUCAAAGUAAACAUUGCUUUUGUGCAAACAAACUUGCUUGAAUCGACUUUUUCUUUAAACUUAAUCAAUUAAAGA